GACGUUGCCGUCAAAAGGUCGCGAGAAGAACAUAUGCGUGCCUUCAUCAGGGACCAUAGGACUAUGGCAGUGACAGAUUGGCCCGCCGCAAUCAUGGUGGGCGGGGAUCGGCGGCACCCCCUUCUGACUCAGCUUCCCUCUGCCACCCAGCAGCACCACCCAACCGCCAGCGCCCACAGGUCCCAACACAUCGUGGGCGUCCCGAGCGUUGGGGUGCCCGGCGUGGGCGUAAAGCUGAUGCAGGAGCCAGGAUUUGCCGCCAACGACUCUCAUCUGUACGCGCGGGACCUCCAGAUGGGAAUGAGAUACCGAGGGGACUCCUCUCGUCACCCCGAAAGUUUCCUGAGCCACGGGAUUCGAUACCCUCCUCCCCUCGGGUCGGCUCUGACCCAGGGCAAAGUGCCCCUGGCUCCUCCCGAGGAGGAGCUGAGGAGGCAUAGGACGCUGUCGCCUGGAUCGCAGAACGCCGCUGCCUCUGCUACGUUUUUUUCAAGGUAG